CAACCGUGGAAGCGGUUCGGGUUCGUAUUUUCACCAAGCUCAAUAUUGUCCAUAAUUACAAUGAAUUAAUACUACCACUCCUCUGUGCUUGUCCAAACAGUCCCGUCAGAAACAUUUUUGUCCUAAAGACGUACCUUAAGAUAUGAUCAGACACUAUUACAACUUCUGCAGUUGCCUAGUUCAUGUCAACCUUUGGAAAGCGAAUCACAUAGUUCAGUUCACACAGCAGCAGAUAUGUCAGAGGCUUUCAAGUACUCUUUGAACAAAGACGAGAGAGAGAGAGAGAGGUGGAAAUAAUGGUGGUUUGCCGGUGAAAAUUUAAUGACCCUUUAGGAUUUACUCACUACUUUGGCCAUUGAGACUUGAGCUUUAUGGGAGAGUAGAGGGUUGGUCAGAAAAAUCCAAAGUUUGCAUAACCGUAGCUUCACACGCGUCCCACCUUCCUCUUUAAUUUCUGCUUUGAUCGAUCGGACUUAAAACAGUCCUUUAAUUACAAGCUUAUCUUCGAAUCUUCUCUUCUUUAUCAUCAUUAUUAUCUUGGCAUUUCUCUCUUUUACACAACAACUUACCUACCUUACUUUCUCGACUUUCCGGCGAGUUAUGGAAGUUUCCGGCGAUGGAAUUUCCACAAUGGCCAUAGUACCCGUCGAGAAUGGGGUGCAGGAUAAGCAUUAUCCUACCCCACUAGCUUCCCAUGAAGACGUUGUCAAAAACCCUACUCUCUUCUGGGACACUCUCCGUAACUUCCAUUCUGUAUUGGGCACCAAAUUUAUGUAUGCCUUUUACCUUUUUUUCCAUUACUUUUGUACAGUUUUUUUUUCAUUCAUGAACUUUUAUUAUAAUAAUCUUUUUUUUGUGCUUUGUAUAUUUGUACUUGAAUUUUCUUCUGUAAUCUUUAAAAGGGUUCCUGUGAUUGGAGGAAAGGAGCUAAAUCUGCAUGCUCUAUACAUAGAGGUUACCAAGAGGGGUGGUUAUGACAAGGUUGUGUCACAGAAGAAAUGGAGGGAAAUUGGUACUGUUUUCAACUUCUCUCCAACGACCACAAGUGCCUCCUAUGCAUUGAGGAAAAACUAUUUUAGUUUGCUUCAUCAUUAUGAACAGGUUUACUUCUUUAAGCUUCAAGGUCCCUUGCUUGACGACACAACAGGUCCUCCUUGUUUCCAAGGUAUAGGAACAAUUGAUGGGAAAAUCGAUUGCGGUUAUUUGGUGUCUGUGAAGUUGGGUUCUGAAGUUCUCAAGGGUGUACUCUACCAUCCAGAUCAUCCGGGCUCUGCCACGUCGAUUGUCCAACCAUGCACCACAAUUGUUCCAUACAAACCACAUCCUCAUCGUUCAGGUCGGAGGAACAGAAGGAGAAGGGGAGGAGACCCUAGCCACCCAAAACCCAAUAGAAGUGGUUACAACUUCUUCUUUGCUGAAAAGCAUUCCGCUCUCAAAUCUCUCUACCCAGAUAGAGAAAGGGAGUUCACCAAGAUGAUUGGAGAGUCUUGGAACAACCUGAGCCAGGAAGAGAGGAUUGUUUAUCAGGAUUAUGGGUUGAAGGACAAAGAAAGAUACCAGAGAGAAAUGAAAGAAUACAAGGAGAGACUCAAGAACGGGCUUGCCUCUUGAAUCGAGCAAGGAUUAUACCGGCACCAAAGAGCAUAAAUACAGGCUUGUGUAUCCAAAAAAUCAAGGUGUAAAUUGUCCUAAAGAAUCUGAAAUGCAUAUGCAACAGGUUCUAUACAUGUUUAUGUUCGUUCUAGUUAUCGAGACAGCUCGCAAAUCUACAGUUUCUUUGUAUCCUGAGUUUAUAAACCAGAUUCUGUAUGUUGGGCAGAAAAGCUUCGUGUUCUACAUUAACAGUCUUGGA